AUUGCUCUCAAUGUCUCCGGAAAAGGCGACAGCCUGGCUUCCUGGGACGGUGUCCUCGAUUUACCAGAACAGAAGCUCAUUCAUAACCGGAGUCAGCAGCUGAUCGAUCCACUGGGUUUGGCUGAGGAAGAGAGGAGUGAAAUGGUGUCCGACGUUGAGUCAGUCAUCACUUUCUACUGCAAGUCGCGUAACAUCACUUUCACCCCUGAGCUCAGCUGGCCGCACCUGCUCAAACCGCUGCUGGGGCUUCAUCUACCCCGGAGCGACCUCUACAACUGCUUCUAUGCUAUCAUGAACAAAUACAUCCCUCGGGACUGUGUGCCCAAAGGCCGACCCUUCCACCUGUACAGACUACUGCUGCAGUAUCACGAGCCAGAGCUGUGCUCGUUCUUGGACACCAAAAAGAUCACACCAGACUCCUAUGCCAUCAACUGGCUGGGUAGUCUGUUUUCAAGCCACUGCCUUCCUGAAGUUACCCAGACAUUGUGGGACUCGUACCUCCAGCAGGCAGACCCUUUUCUCAUCUUCUUUCUCAUGCUUAUCAUCCUCGUCAAUGCCAAAGAGACCAUACUUACACAAGAGGGAGAAAGCAAAGAGGACAUUAUCAAAAUGCUGGAAGCGUCUCCUUCUCUCCUGGAGUCUGAGGACAUUGAAGACUUGUUUUCACUGGCCCAGUAUUACCAGAGCAAAACCCCUCUGUCGCUCAGAAAGAUGAAUCAGAAUCUGUUUGGUAGCAGUUUGGUGGCUCUCAAAGAGGAGGACACUGACCUCAGUCAGGCAUUGUGCCUCCCUGUGUCUGUCCCUGAAAUCCUGCAGGCAAACCAGCUGCAGCAGGAUGGGGUACGUUUCUUCGUGGUGGAUUGCCGGCCUGCAGAGCAGUACAAUGCUGGCCAUCUGUCCACAGCCUUCCACCUGGACUCAGACCUGAUGCUCCAGAACCCAUCUGAGUUUGCACUCUCUGUGAAGUCCCUCCUGGAGACACAGAAGCAGUCUUUAGAGUCGGGGUCCAUCGCCAGCGGAGAGCACCUGUGCUUCAUGGGCAGCGGGAGAGAAGAGGAAGACAUGUACAUGAACAUGGUGUUGGCACAUUUCCUGCAGAAAAACAAAGAGUAUGUCAGCAUCGCAAAAGGAGGUUUUAUGGCUCUUCAGCAGCACCUGGUAGACAUGAACGUCGAGGGGCUUGACUCCUCGUACGUCCACUGGAUCGUCAGCACAUCUGGAUCUCACAGCAGCCUCAGCUCAGCUGAUGGAGAGUCUCUGAGCGGCCCUGGAGACAGCAAAGGUGUGAAGUCCCUGGUCAACAAAAUGACAUUUGCUCUCAAGUCCAAGUCGGUCAAUGUUAAGGAGAAGAUGAUCAGCUUCAUUGAGAAUACCUCUGCCCCCGUCGACAGGCAUGUGAGCAGCAGCGACCGCGUCGGCAAACCUUACCGGGGAGUGAAGCCUGUGUUCAGUAUUGCUGAUGAAGAAGAGUACGAUACAGAUGAGAUAGACAGUUCCUCCAUAUCUGAUGAUGACCGGAAGGAGAUUGUCAACAUUCAGACCUGGAUAAACAAACCUGAUGUAAAACAUCAUAUUCCAUGUAACGAGGUGAAAGAAACGGGUCACAUGUUCCCCAGUCAUUUGUUGAUCACAGCCACUCACAUGUACUGCCUGAGGGAGAUCGCCACAAGGAAGGGCUUUGCUUACAUCCAGUCCAGACAAGCGCUGAACUCAGUGGUGAAGAUCACAUCCAAAAAGAAGCACCCAGAGCUGAUCACGUUCAAGUUUGGAACCAACAAUUCAGCUGGAGUGGAGAUUUCAGUGGUUGAGAGAUAUUUGAUUCCCAAUGCGGGCGAUGCCACGAAGGUCAUCAAGCAGCAGAUCAUGAAAGUCCUGGAUGCCCUGGAGAGCUCAUAAAUGGUGGUGGUGAGCUCGUUUUGGGAGAUUAAUACAAACUGUAGGAAGAGGCUCCGCCGGUGAAAUCUACUCUCCCUCCUGGACAGAUCCCAGUGCAGUGUUGACUGUGAAGCCCCGUGUGUCUGUCUUUGGGACAUGUGGGCACACUGCUGACUGCAGACCUGUGAGCCAGGCUGCGAGUGUUGAAAUAUUUAGGUGCUCCGCUGUCAUCCAACCAUUAUAUUAUACUUAUUUAAAAAGAAAUAUUGGUUGUAGUGUAUGUUCUUCUCUACUGUUAGUAUAAAAGGGGAUCUCAUUACAGAGGAGCUCCACUCUGAUGAGUUCCCGCUGGCCUUAACGUAGCGUACUGACCGACCAGUGGCGAACUUCUUUCAUCCACACGUGACUGACCUUUUCUUUUCCACCUGAGCAUUUUGAUGAUGACCUAUUCUUUUGAUGUGAGCAGUAUUGAGUUUCUCGUAACAUGUUGCGUAGAUUUAACGAUCAUCUGGUCAGCAUGAGUCAGCCAGCUCGGACAUAACGAUGCACACCCCCACCCCAGAAAAGCAGUACUGGCACAUGAAGCAGAUUUCCUACUGCAGUAACUGUUUUUGAUAACUUUACUUUUCCAGCAGGCAGCCUUAAAUAUAAACUAUUUGGCGGUUAGUUUAUAAAUAUGUAAUGUGUAUAUAUAUAUAUUGUGUAAACUGCUCUGUAUACAGACCUUUGCAAUGUCAUUUUGAAAGCAUAUCCUGAGAGAAUAUGCAGUGAAACUUGUAAA